AUGCCGGCCAUUUCAAGGGAUUUCGUGGCUUUUUCGCUUCGUGGUCUAAAUAGUAGUCAAAAAGCUGGGCUUCCUGAGCAUGUGUUUAAAUUCACCCAAUUCCCCCAGCUGCAGCUACACCUCCCACGUCAAAGCAACAUUGCUAUAUAUCUUCUCACAAUGAAGUUUACCUCUUUCGUCACGGCCAUGGCCACCCUAGUCGCCUUCGCUCAAGCAGGAAGCGUUGGUGUAGAUCUCUUCCACGAUGGAAACUGCCAGGACCAAUUCAAAGCUAUUACAGUCUACGGCGAGACUUGCUACACUGGGUCUUCUGUUGGAUGGUCCUCCAUGCGGGUUAACAAGUAUGACACCAUCGGCGGUGAACUUACCGCCUACACCAAAAACAACUGCGGCGACCCCCUUGCCGGGUCCCAUGGGUACACCGUCUCUCUGGGUGCUUGCCUCAAGGAUUUUGGAUUUGUCGCGAAUGCAGUCGGACUGCAAGAUUAA